AUGGAUUUUAACGAUGCUACAACAUUUAAAGAUGUUAUGGGUUUCAAUAUAGCUAGUAAUGAUGUAUUUUAUGAAGAUGAUGCUGCUGAUACUUCAAUUCCUGAUAUUCAGAAAAUUACCCGAAAAAACAAUAUUUUACCAAUAUGGGGCAAUGUCCAAACAAUGAACUUAAAUACUCUUGUGCUUGAAAAUAUAGUCCAAAGUACUUAUUGGAAAAAUUUUCUUCUUGAAGUUAGCACUUAUCAACAAGUUUGUGAUGAAGUUUUUAUUCAUGUAAGGCAUCUUGAGCCGUGGGAACGUGGAACUCGUAAAAUUACUGGAAUGACUGGCAUGUGUGGCGGCGUUCGUGGAGUGGGUGCUGGCGGUGUUAUCUCCACAGCUUUUUGUUUGCUCUAUAAACUUUUUACUGUUCGUGUGACUCGAAAACAAUUGGUUGCAAUGAUGAAUAGUAGACAAUCAGUUUAUUUGAGAGGACUUGCUUUUAUGUUUAUUCGAUAUACACAACCACCUGGGGAUCUAUGGGCGUGGAUGGAGCCUUAUUUGGAUGAUGAAACUGAAAUUGAUCCCCGUUCUGGAGGUGGCGACAAAAUGCAGUUUGGGCAAUUAAUUAGGAUGAUGUUAACUAAGCUUGACUUCUAUGGAACACUAUUUCCUCGAAUUCCUAUCCCAAUCCAAAAGGAAAUGGAGACAAAAUUUCGUGAACGUGCCAAACUUUAUGGAUACGAAGAUGAUCGUUAUAGUGAUCGUAGACGUUCAAGAAGUAGGGAACGCAGUCCGCGUGGCCGUGAUGUUGAUUCUGGAGCUGACUCUGAAAAACGUUCCCGUCAUCGUAGUCGAGACCGCAGUCGUGAGCGCCAACAUGGUAGCCGUGAACGUAGUCGUGAUCGUCAUCGAAAUAGCCGUGACCGGAGCCGUGACAGACAUCGUACAAGCCGUGAACGUAGAGAAAGUAAACAGAGACGUCGAUCUCGAAGUCGAGAACGAAAUAAAAGCCGUGAACAUGAAAAUACUUCAAUUGAUACGUCCACUACUACCCCUGUUGCAAUCAAGUCGAGUGAGGUUGAAAUUUCCUCAAGUAAGCGUCGUCAUCGACAAAAAUGUCAUCACCAUCUGCGUCAUCAUCAUUGUAUAAAGCAUCGACGAAUAUGUCCAUCAAAGGCAAAAAAGCAGCAUCAACAACAAAAAAAUUUGGAUGAUGAGAAAGAGGAAGAAGAGGAUGGUCAAAAGAUUAAUAAAAAUGAUGAUGCUGAAGUAAAAGAAGAAUUAAUUGAUGAAAAAAUUGAUGAGGAUAAUAUUUCAAAUGAUUUUAUUAAAAAUGAAGAAGAAGAAACUGAAGAAAUUAGCUGA